AUUGAAUAUGAUAUUUCAACUCUACCGAAUGAUCUUGGAUUUGAAAAAUAUAUACAAUCCACUAGUGAAUCUAGGUCACUAUUUCUCAUUCAGCCAAAAAAAUCCGGUUUCAUUGAAGCAAAUAUUGGUGGGGUUGAAUCCAAACAUGAUUAUAAUAUGUCAAGUAUCUCUGUUUACCUGAGCAGCAAUAUUGUCACGAUGCAAGGCAAUUUCGUUUCUGAUCUCUACGCACUCUGUGGAGUAGAAAACGCCCAUUUGGUUGCCAAAAGUAAAGCUGUCCUACUUUGUCAGUUUGCUGUCUCCAUGCCGUCAUACGACGGAUACAUAUUUUCAACGUCUUCUUGCCUAAUUCAAUGCGCAAAGGAGACAGAAUGCGCAGCAAAAAUUGAUUUGGAUUUUCUUAUUAGACAAGCGGCUGUGAGUAUUAAUGACAAAAGCGAACUCCUAAUAUCUUACAACGUUACCGCCCUUGAUAUUAAUCCACUUAAUUCCCAAGAACCAGUCAUGGAAAGGAACGAUGUUACCAAUUCUCUCAUAUACAAGCACAUGAAGCUACCCCCUGUUUAUGUCCGACGUCGUCCUGAUACUGAAUUUGCCACGCUACUUACGAAUGAAAAUGGAUUUCCAUCGAUUCAGUUAGAAGUUCCGAGAAUUUCUGAUGAAAAAUAUUUUGAUUUGGUAAUUCUAAAGACCUCUGCUACAAAUGUUUCGAAAAUGAAACUAAAAUUCGUAUUUUCAAGUCAUCUUCGCUUUCUUUGGGCAAAGGAGAUCAAAGGUGGUCACUGGAAGCUCCAAGGCAACCCUUCACCUCGAAGUGUGACAGUCAAACUCCGCCAUCGAAGUGCCAACCAUUAUCAGUCAUCUCCUGAAGACCUAAACGAAAGUUUACCUUCUCCUCCUCUGGAAGACGAAUUAAUGGCACAAAGAGCGUGA